GCUGCUGCUGCGCCUCCGUCCGUGCGUAAAGAAGAGAAGCGCAGGGCGCAGGGCGCUUUCGCCAGCAACCGGCGCGCGCUCUCCCAGCGGCAGGGAGCGAGGCCCGCCGGCUUCUCCUCCCGGAGGGGGCCCGCCUGGCAUUCGCCUGGCCGCCGGAGCGUCCUGGGGACGCAGAGCGGGACGUGGCCGGCGGGGCGGCUGGUAGCCCGCCGCCCCAGGAGCGCUUCAGAGCGCGGAGCAGCCUCGCCCGCCCCGGGCCAGGCAGGCGAGGAGGGCCGCCCAAGGGGAGACCCCCCCUCCUCUCCCCUCGCCCCCCGCCCCCCCUUCUCCCAGCCCCCCCGGCCUUGAAAGCAACGUGGCUCCCGCUCUCCAGAGGCCGCGCGGAGCAGGGAGGGAGCGAGAGGCAGGCGGCGCCGGGGAGGACCUGGGCCGCCCCAGACCCGGCGGGCGGGCGGGCGGAGCCUGGAAGCCCGGGCCGGCCUCUUCCUCCUGCCGCUCCCGGCGGCUUCCUCUCCAGAGCGGCGGCCUCGGCUUAUCCUCGCCUCUCUCCGGGCCUGAGCAUGAGUGGGCUCUGAGAUGGCCUUCCAGUGCAAGAUGCAGACCAUGCAAGUGGUCGACACCGAGUACAGUGCCGACGCCGUGGAGUGGUGCCCCGUCGAGGGCUGGCACGACAUCCUGGCGUGUGGCACCUACCAGCUGAAGAAACCGGACUGCAAACCGGGCAAGAGCCCCGAGGAGAGUGACCGACCCCAUGUCCGCCUGGGCCGCCUCUACCUGUAUCACUUUGAAGAACAGAUCUUUGUGCCGCUGACUGAGAUCCAGAGGCUAGAAAUGGCUGCCGUGUUGGACAUGAAAUGGUGCCACGUUCCUAUUGCAGAACUUCCUGUUUUAAGUAUUGCGAACGCCAAGGGCGGAGUAGAACUCUUCCGCUUGACAGGAACUGAGAAGAGCUGCCGGCUGGAGCCGCUGUGCGUUGCUACCCUCGGAGAGGAAGGCCUCGCCUUGUCUCUGGAUUGGUCCACGGGACGAGAGCAGUGCGGGCGCCCACUGCGACUGGUCUGCAGCGACUCCAAAGGGCGGCUGAGCUUGCUGGCUGUCGGCGCCUCUGCCACCUCUGUCGACGUCCUGGAGCAGUGGAAAGCGCAUGACUUUGAGGCCUGGAUUGCUGCUUUUGACUACUGGAACACACACGUGGUGUACUCAGGUGGGGACGACUGCAAACUACGGGGCUGGGAUACCCGAAUCGACCCAAAGGCUCCCAUCUUCACGAGAGAGAGGCAUUCCAUGGGGGUGUGCAGCAUCCAGAGCCACCCACUCCGGGAGAAUCUGCUGGCCACUGGGAGCUAUGAUGAACACGUCUUGCUGUGGGACACCCGGAAUAUGAGGGAGCCGCUGGCAGACACCCCCGUGCAGGGCGGCGUUUGGCGGCUGAAGUGGCACCCCACGCAGGAACACUUGCUCCUGGCAGCCUGCAUGCACGACGGCUUCAAGAUCCUCAACUGCCCCGGCAGCUCAGAGAGCAAAGAGAAAUGCACUGUCCUUUCUUCCUACGUCUUACACAACUCUUUGGCGUACGGAGCGGAUUGGUCAAGGCUCCCGCCGAGGGACUCCUUCUCGCCGUCGGCAGAGAUGCCAGAGGAGGGCCAUGCAAACCGAGAAGCUGAGAGAGUGGACCUUGCCGUCCCGCACUUCAAGAUCAUUUACGAAUCCCCAACAGCCACCUUUGAUGUGUUUGUAGAUGAGGAGGAUGAGACCCUGACCUCCGCAGCGCAAGAGGAAAGUAGCUUUGACCCUCGGGGGCCUUGUCCAGCUGGAGAGGAGCCAGACACCAAAGCACGCGAGGAAACCCCGUCGGCAGAAUUCCAAAGAGAGGCCAGCCUCCUGGCAACCUGUUCCUUUUACGACAACGUGCUGCACCUUUGGAAGUGGGAAGCUAGCUGGGCUAUCCCUUCGGCCUAAAUACAGGCUGCUUAACCUUGGUGCCCCAGCUGCUGGGGACUACAACUCCCCUCAGCCCCGGCCUUUGUGGCUGAGGGUGAUGGGAGCUGUAGUCCAGCAGCAGCUGGGGAACCAGGGUUAAGCAACCCGGCCUCAAUGCAUCACCAGCAUGGCUGCUGCGGUAAAGUUGCGGCUGGCCUCUCUCUCUCUCUCUCCUUGGCAGUGUUUUAGCACUAGGGUGGGCAAGGCAGAGACCACUUUAGGGGCGAGAUGCCCACAGUGCUGGUCUCUCGUUGCCUUCCUUACCCCAGGUUUCCAGCUUUACUGUCCUGGCUGUCUUUGGCUCAGAGAGCUCUGAAGACUCCUUGGACACUUCAGGGAUAUGUUUAAAAACCCAUUCCUUGCUGCAGCCCUGGAAGUUGCAGCUGCACUCAAUAGUAUUCAUUCUAGCAUCCCAUUUCAAGGGGGCAAUUGCUUUCCUGGCACGGGCCUAUUGGGGGACUGACAUCCACGGGAAUCAAGUCAGGUUCUCAUUCCACCAGACUGCAUAGGCACAGAUAACCCAGAUAAGGUUGGGGUUUCUGAUUUUUCCGUGCGUUUGACACAGUAGACUGGAGAAGAGCAAAAAUGCUCUGUUACCCAUACUGCUCAUUUCUACUUGCCAUGAGAAACCAACCCCUUCACUUCUCUUUGCUCUGUGUGAAGACCUGGGCUCAGUGUCUGUCCUGCAGCAAGGACAGCCAGCCCCAUGACUAGCCCCACUUCUGUUGGGGAUUUAGCUUUUCCGAGUUACCUUUUUUUCCAAUCGCCAGCUUAAGGAGGUUGGCAGUUGGCAGCCCGUGUGUGGCAGAAGUUUUCCUUAUUGCUCAGUGGCCACCUUGUGGCUAAAAGGAGACAGUUUUCCUCUAGCCAAACACCGGAGAAAGGAGGGGAGACACCAAGGCAGCACUGCCGCCUCCUUUCUAUAAACUACCUCUCUCUUGCUGAGGGUCCUGUGGCUUUAAGCCUCUGCUUCCUUUCCUGUGACUCCUGGGGCACAGCUAGUAGACGAGCUGACCAGCUGGCACCUGCACAGGGCUUCUCAGAGUCCUCUUACUCCCAAUCUCACAGAAGGGAAGAACACCAGCAACCAUCAGUAUUAAUGGGGAGGAUAUUUGUACUUUCCUGGAACCUAGCCAUGGACCAUUCCUCAGGGCUGCAGAGAUUGUUGCUGACGGGCACGCUUGUGAUGGGAGACGCUGCCGUCAUGUCUCCAAAGUACGUACAAAUAACGCACAUGAUUGUGAACAAGAUUACCACUUGUUUAAUAAAAGAUAUCUAUUUUGGACCUUUCUAGAACAAAACAACAUGUGACUGCUUUUUUGCUUACAGCUGUCCAUGGUUCUGAAUUUUAGUUUUCCUUUGGGUGUGGACUUACAGCAGAGGGGCUCUCUUUCACCUAGCAAAAAGAACCCACAUACCUGUUAAUAUCAAGUUGGGUUUAGUUCUUUACUGGCCGUAAACUGUACUGUGAGCCACUGGUGUAGCUGGUAUAACUGCAGCUACAAGAAGCAUCAUGGUCUAAGUCCCACUUCUAAUGAGGGAGAGGGUAGACCAGCUGUUCAAAGUACAUGAGCCCUGGUAUCCCAACCACUAGCAGCUUACAACAAGCCAGGGAAAUGCCAAAGGAGGCAGCUCAGGUGCCUCUCCCCCAUUCCACUCGAGAGGACACUGCCUGCAGGCUGGUGACUUGUCAGGUAGAGUUGCACAGUUAACUGUGCAGCUUUACCUGAUGAAUGGCCAGCCUGCAGGCAAUAUGGUUCUCAGCUGUGGGGAGAUGAGAGAGGAACAACUCGAGCUUCCGCCUUUGUUUGGCCGAACCAACUGUAAAUGUAAAGCUGAAACAAUCCCUCGUAAUGCAUCCAUCUGAAUUCUGAAAACUACUCUGUUAAGAGCCAGCCCUCUAGUAAGAACUUCCACUGGAGCCUCUAGAGU